AUGCAGCCUUUGACUGUUGAUCACACGAUCCACGUCCAUAAGAUCGUGCACAAGCAGACCUUUAAGAAGCGUGCUCCUAAGGUCGUUCGUGCCAUUAAAGCCUUCGCCCAGAAGCAGAUGAAGACAGAGGAUGUCCGUAUCGAUACCAAGCUCAACAAGUUCAUCUGGUCUAAGGGUAUCCGCAACAUUCCUCGCAGAGUCCGCGUACGUCUGUCCCGUCGUCAGGCCGAGGAGGGUGAGGAGAUGUACACUCUUGUGCAGUAUCUUCCCGUCCAAAGCUUCGAGGGUCUCCAGACCGAGGUCGUGAGCGCCUAA